GGCAGUUAAAUGUUAAAGUGACAGAAUAUUAAUUCUGAAAAUGAGCAAACUUCAUUCUUGAGGUCUCUUUUAUCUUUACAUGCAACUUGUCAGACUUCUGGGUUUUCCCUGUAAAGCCUUUGAAGUUUGAAACGGAAAAGAUCUAGUGAAAGAAAAUCACAAAAACUAGAGUAGCUUGUGAAAGUCUCAGUCUCUUACUUUUCUAUAAACAGUCCACGCUGUGCCACUCUGAGGACUAAAGCAAAGAGCUCAGUGAGAAAAGACAUGGGUCCAGUGUGACGUGUAAGUUUGUUUUACCACCUUGAAGAUAACUAUUUAAAACACAGAACAAGUAUCAUUAUUGUCAGUUCAUAGACCAGAGUGAAUUGAGCUUUUGUGAUGUUUUUGUGUUGAAUGGAUUCUGUACAUCUUGGUGAACUUUGUUUUUGCUGGUAUGCUCAUCAGCACAUUUAGGUUUACUGUCAAAUUAAAACCUCAGAGGGGGUUGAAACCAGUAAAUGGGAUGUCUGAUCACUUGAUAAUCUGCUAACAGCAGCAUGUUUAAUGAGAGCAGGUGCUCAGCACACCAACAUUUGAAGUCAACUGAACCUUUGUGGUGACAAAAAACAAGCAACUGAAGUAGGGCAGCAAAGUACUCAAACAAAUUUUCAAAGUUUCUGCAAUUGUCAGAAUACCACAGAAGUAGGUCACUGUCCUCUUUAAGAGUCUUCACUCUCACGGUAGUGAUCAUUUUAGCCUGACACACCUCACAACGCAAGACAUGUGAGGAAGAAAGGAUUGCAGCAAAACCUGUACUGGUGGUAUCUCGAUAAGAAGAACCUCGUGGCACGGAAUUCUGAACAUUCCUGCGCACAGAUGACUGAGCAGCUGAGUGGGUUCUUCCAGAUAAAGAAAGAUGAGCUGAGCUGAGCUGAGAUGAAUCUCUCCUCAAUUUUCUGGAGAUGCAUCAUACUUGUUACGUUUUUCAUCAAGGGUUGCCCUCCGGUCCCUGCAUGCUGCCAUGCCCUGAACAGCCCUGGAUACCUGACAGUAGAGCCAGAUGCGCUCGUCGUCAUGGGCUCAAACCCGACAGUGUACUGCCACAUCACAGAAUGGCCACCAAGGUCGCACAUGUCCCUGGCGGUGGAUGGUCAGACUGUGGGUUUAGGGAAGAAAGUCAACGACACUACAACAAUGUUCAACCUGACUGGCAUAUGGAAGCCUCUGUCUGCAGUGAUCUGUAUGCUGAAAAGUGACGGGUUGUCUGAGAUCAUUGGUGGACUGACUCUACAUGCAGGACUGCCUCCAGAUAAACCUGAAAAUAUCAUCUGUGAAACAACAAGAAGCUCAGAUGUAAUAAACUGCUCAUGGACAAGAGGACAAGAAACUCACCUCAACACGUUGUACAACAUUUCAGUCAACAGAGAAAAUGGGACCAGAAUACAUUCAGCUCAAACCCAGAACGCUGAGGAAAGCCACGUACAACGAGGAACGUUAGAAGAAAACACUAAAUACCUGGUAAUCAUCACUGCUUACAACCAUUUUGGAGUUUCACAAUCUGAUCCAUUCAUCUUCUGCAUACAGGAUAUAGUGAUACCAGAAACUCCUCAUAUCACACAGAUAGACUUUGGGAGCAACUCCACAGCAGCUACGUUUGAAUGGAGAACCACUGAAUCCUCCGUGCAGCUCAGACCGUCCGUCAGGAUGUCUGCAGAUAACGUUUCCUGGGAAGUGAGAGAGGGAACAGAGCUGGUUGAGGGUCUGAUACGAGUGGACGACCUGAGGCCUCUGACUGCAUACCAGUUCCAGAUGAGAACAUGUUACUCAGCCUCAGGGUUGAUGGAUACCAACACGUCCAGGUCCAGCAACAGGUCACUGUGCAGCAAAUGGAGUCCCUCUGUGUGGAAAACAACCCCUGGAAAAGGUCCAUGGAAGCAGCUGCAUGUGUGGAGGAUAUUAGGUGGUCAAGAAACAAACUGGCAGCAGACAGUGACUGUUUUGUGGAAGCCUCCAUCUCCAGAGGAUUACAGCGGAAAGGUGAAAGAGUACAACAUCUUUCUGGCUAAUCACCGGAAACACACCUGUGCUGCUGCUGUCAACAGGUGUUCAGUUCAGGUACCGGCAGAGAUAAAGACUAUGAGCGUCUCUGUUGUCACCUCAUACGGGAGAUCUCCACCAGCUCAUGUAGCUCUCAGACACUCAGGUGUUUUGGGUCCAGUCCUGGAAGAGUUGGUUAGUGCAGCUAAUGGCAGUGCUGUGUUCAUCUCCUGGUCGGGGCCAAGGAACAAACAGGGGUCAGCGUCUGGAGGAGAGCUGUUGUACUAUGUGAUGGAAUGGACAAGUGUACCUGAAGCAGAGAUGCAGUGGCAAAAGCUGGCCAAAGAUCUGAAAAACACAUCCAUCACAGGUUUGACUCCAGGUGUGAGGUAUAAUGUUUCUUUAUAUGCUGUGACCACCAGAGGUGUCAGUGCUCCAUCAUCCAGCCUCAUCUACUCCAGAGAGAUGAAGCCAGAUUCAGGUCCGAACAUGUCAGUGCUGGUCCAUGAGGCUCGACGGAUCCUGAUCCAAUGGGAUGAGCUGCCUGUUGACCAGCAGAGGGGCUUCAUCAAAAAGUACACCGUCUAUGUUCAGACAUUGGACUCCAGGAACACAGAACAAAACAUGAUAGUGCCUGUUUCUGGACCAAGACAGAUGUGGCUUGAAUGUCCUGAAGGAGUUUUGGCUCUGCAGCUGACAGCAUCUAAUUCAGCAGGAGAAGGACCAAGAGGGAGACAGAUCUCCUCUCAGCCUGCAGCUCCUGCUGUUGGCCUGGUGAUUGUGAUUGUCUUCAUCCUUACCAUCUUCAUAGGGAUCCUCGCCAACCUGAUGUGCUGGAGUUGCGUGAGAGAAAGGAUCAAACAGAAGUGCAUAUCAUGGGUACCAGCAUGGCUUGUUGAAAACUUGCCGAAGCCAGAACACAGUAAUGCCAUCAGACUACUGGAGCACGACGGAGACGAACCCUUAUUCUCGUCAAACUACAGCGACCCUCCACUGUCCCCCAUCAUCGUGAUCACUCAGGAGGAGAGUGAUGAAGUGUACCCUGCCGUCCAUGUCGAAGGGUCCCAGACUGGGUCAGGACACCGCACACCAGAGACACCUUCACUCCCGUCUCAUACUGGAAUAAUGCUUGUCGGUAAUCAGCUGGAACAUGGCAGCUACAAACCCCAGAUCGCUUCAUUGGCUCCACAAGAAGAGGAUGCAGAGGAAAACCAGCGGUAUGUUCCAACAAAUGAUGUGGAAGAUACAAGCGUAUUUGAAGGAUUAUUAGGAGGCUUGUUGUCCAGAAUGGAUGUGGAUUUCUCUGAUUCACCUCAGGGACUGACUCUCGGCUCUGUUAGUGGUCUUUUGUGGCCUACAACUGCUGAGACAAGUGUCUUGAAUAGCAGCUUCUUACAAGAAAGGAUAGCGACUGAGGAUGGUGUGGAAACAGACUUUCCUUCAUCUCUGGAUGUGCAACAAGACGACAUAAUGACACCUGAUGCAGCAGAUUUUUCUCUGUGUGCAGAUGAGACAAUACUGACCGGUGGUUACUUCCCUCAGGUAGCUGCUGUCAGAUGAACUACACUAUGAUGCACAGAGGUAGCAGGUACAAUGAGGAUGACACAAACUGGAUUAGCGACACUACUAAACCGAGUUUCAGAAAAGCAUUAUUAAAGCACCACCUCACUUCAAAUUUUGAUCUCAGUGACUUUGUGUGAUUAGAAAAAAGAUAUUGCUUCAGAUGGUCUGUAAAUAUCAUCAGUAUGGGGUCAAAACCAAUGUUAUUCAAUGAAAAAAACAACUAUAGAGAUUAAAUGUCAUUCUAACAGGGCAACCAAAGGGUGGUUGGAUUGGUAAGUCCUGGCUGAUGAGACCUUUGCUGCGAGUCAUUUUACACUGUAUUUUCUAUGCCACAUGGUCUAAAUAAAGGCAAAAAGAAAAAAAAAACAUUUAAAAAUAUUACUCACUUGCAUACAUUAUAAAAUCAAUACUCUAUGUUGGAAUGCUGGUUGCACGCUGACUCUGUGGUUAGUAUUUUGGCCACACAACUCAAAGAUCCCAGGUUCGCACCCUGGUCUGGGCCCAAGAUCUUUCUGCGUGGAUUUUGCAUGUUUUCCCUGUGCAGCGUGGGCUUUGGUAAUUCUAAAUUGUCCAAAGGUGUGAAUGUGAGUGUUCUUGUUUAUCUCUAUGUGUAACCCUGUGAUAGACAGGCGACCUGUCCAAGUUUCUCCUGCCUUCGCCCAAAGUCAGCUGGGAUAGACUCCAGCCUCCCAGCGACCGUAAUGAGGAUUAAGCAGUGUAUAGAUAUUGGAUGGAUGGAUGUUGGAAUGUUUUGUAAAUCAUGUUUUAAAGUUUUAAAGUCA